UUGGUGCUUGUGGGGUGCAUAGAAGAACCAUAGAGAUGGAACAUUGCGUAGUUUUUCUAAAGAAACAUGCAAUAUGACACAUGCAAUACAAUCUUAAAAAACAAAGGGCCCCUCUAUUUAGCCUUAUACUCUUGUCAAGUAGUUGAACCUUGUACCUAAUUGGCCCCCCCUCACCCUCCAUCCACGGCGGUACUUAGUCAUUUAUCUGCCCAUUAAUAGUCCACCAUGUCACACAUUUCAACUUCAAUCAAUCUCCCAUAGCCAACUUCAUUGACAAAUCCCAUACAACAAAUGAAGAUCUUCAGUUGUUGGGUUCACCGUAAACUUAAUCAGAAAGAUGGAUUGUUUGAUCGUAAUGUGAAGAAAAACGAGGUGAUAAUUAGCAAGGAUGAGAACAUUGAGGACAAACAACUUCUUCUUCGAGAUGACUCUAUGCCACAUUUGUUGGGCAACUGGAAAGGAGGAAUCCUUACAAUCGGUACAUUUGGAUUCGAUGAUCUGCAAAUAAAAGAUCAAUUAAGUACUGGCCUAGUCGACGACGACGUUGAUGAUCAUGAAGAAUGUGAAAUAAUUGAAGUCAGUGAUCAUGAAGAACAGAACUCAAUGAUGCACGCAGAAAAUGGACAUGAAAUAAUUAGUCAUGAUGAUGAGGUACCAAUGGCAAAUGUGAUCACGGGCGACGUCGUCCCUGCUGCUAGUAGAAAUGAUGACGAUGAUGAGUCAAACAAGGGCAGCAAGAAGGGAAGGAUCACACUGGCAGAUUUAUUCUCAGCUGAUCAGCUUUCUGAUGAGGAGAAAGUUCAGCUGCCGGACUUGCAUGACGUGACGAAUAUUAAUAAGAAAGAGUCGAAGUCACCUCAAGUGAAAAAUGGAGUUUCCUUUGCUAAGAAGUUUAUUCCUCGUGUCAAGGAGGAUUCUCGUCUCACCCUCAAACUACAAAAGUUGAUGACAAGGGCGUUGAAAAAGAAGGUCCAUCCAGACCUGGAAAACAAGAAUCAUAAGAACAGUAGGGCGGCAGCAGCUUCAACUAUGCUCCAGCUUUCCCGUAUCACUUCCGAAUCUGUUUCGCUUCUGCAAAUUCUAGAAACCACUGCCUAAGCUGUUCUGUUGCAGUGCAUUCGAGUUUAAUUGCUUGGAAAUGAGAAGCAAUAUUUAUCAUUAAUUAUGUUUGUGAAAGUAGUAGUGAUUGUUAAUAAUUCUCAGGUGAUGACCAUAUAUUCGUUUGGUGAAAGUCAUACGUUGCCAACAGCUAGACCCAGUUGAUUUCUACAUGUAAAGUGGCUUUUGGUCUUCGUUGUAACUAGACUCUAUUUCAGUUUAUGCCAACCUAUUACUUAUUUGAUUGAGCA